AUGAAUGUCUCCCACGAGAGAGACAGCAAUGUGAACAUUUUACCUACCAUUUCAUAUGGUCCUGUAUUAGAGAUUACCAAGCAAGAUUUUUUUCAGGAAGCCAAAAAUCUCAUCGCCCAACAUUAUGAGAAAAUAAAUGAUAACAAAGUUCAAGGUAGUUCUAUAAAUGUUUUCAGAAAUAAACACCAAAAACCGAAAUCUGGCAAAUUCCUACCUUUGGAGAUAAAAAAAAAGGAAACCCUUGACGUGGCCCAGGAACGCCAGACAGCACACAGACACACUUGUUUCCCCAGGGAUGUUUCCAAAGGCGACCAUUCUGAGGCGCCCCCGCAACCACCUUCUUUCAAGGAGCCACACAUUUUUAAUGUAAAGGAGAAAUUCAUGGGAUCUAUAGAUCUAAUUGCAAAAGAACAAGUGAAGCUGUGUAAAAUAGUGACUAAUAUUGAAUCAGUGGGUAAGCAAAUGGAGAAGGAAAAGCAGCGGUAUCAUGGGAAGUCCAGAAUGCUGGAUUCCUAUGCCGUACCCAUCACCAAGUUUGGCUUGCAUGCACAAUACAUGACCUCCCCUCUCAUGGGGCUUCUGAAAGGACAUGGUAAGUCUCAUUGUGUGAGUGUUGCUAGCAGUGAUUCAUUCAAAAUGUGGAGACAUAUAUUACAUAGUAAUUUAAAUGAAGGAAGUUUAAUAAUUAUUAUGCAACAAGAAAAGAGAUAUAAGAAACUUCUACAGGGUCCCCUAAUGCUGCAAGAGAAUAUCCAGGAGCGGAAACUUGGAAGGGGCCUCCCUGCUAAAGGCUGGGGUUCAGCCCUCACUGGAGAAGUUGUGGUCGUAGCCUCUGAAAGCAGAGAAGUUCACUAUGUGCCUGGGCCAGAGCUGGUCCACAGUCUCUGGGGAAGUGGGAGGCAACCUUCUGGGUUGCAUGUGAACCUCAGCCAGCGGCAAGCACAUAGGCAUGCAGGGCGUGCAGGGGGAAUGGGCCUGCUCCUGCGGGUGACAGGCCCGGAACGCCUGGUGUCCCCACUGGGAGAAGAUAGCACAUAUUCUGUACCAGACCUUGCGGUCACCGUGCAGAGGGUAGAACAGAGCAGCAGGCGCGGCCGGGCCUCCCGGAGUGCGCGGUCUGCCGCCAGCAGGGGCUGCACUUGUCAGCGCUUUCUGGCUAAGGUGGCAGAGCUCCUCACGGCACUGCAGACGGUCUCUGACUUCCGGGGCGGGGAACAUGCACCUGUUCUGUCCAAGUGGAUUGUGGUAGAUGAGGAUAUAGAGAAGGAAGUGGAUCUUCCAAUGCAGCACCCACGUUAUGGAGAAAAAGGCUUUGUGAAAAAAGAGAAACUAGUUUUCAAGCCAGAACCAGAGCCGCAACAGAGGGUACAACCUAGUCCACUUAAAAUGGAUAAACUUGACAGUAAAGUUAAAAGAAUUGGACCACACAUAGAAAUUUUCCAAGUGUUCCGGAAAAGGAACAAACUCAUAUUCACCAAAAAAGUGAUUAGAAUGAUCACCGUCAUGCAGGCGCACAUCAGAGGGUGGCUCGAGCGCAAAAGACUCCGGAGAAUAGUAAUCAAGGCUUUGUAUCAUGGGCGGAAUUUGAGAGCAGUCAUAAACAUAUACUGCAGACUGAUCCAUCGCGUCAAAUAUCGACUUGGCCUUUGGAGGACGAGACAAAUUAUAAACUUUGCAGAGUUAGAGGAGUGGAUGGAUAGAAAAAAAUUCUACGAAACAAUGUUUGCUAAGAGAGAAGAUUGGCAAGGGUUGCAAAAAAGUGAGCUCCUUAAGUACUUCAACGACUGUGGCCAUUUCCCGAUCCAGCAGCAGAUCGACCACGUUUGGAACCUGGUCCACAGAGAAGACCAUGAAAAAUAUUCUGAAAUCAUCAAGAAGCCCAAUGCAAUUGAAAUGUUAUUUACACUCUAUCCUCCUCAAGGAGCCCAUGUGCAGAAUAAUAUGCGACUUAGGUCGACUUGGCUGAGACCCAUAGUAGAUGGGGAAGAAGGAUACAAGUAUAUAGUGAGCGGACAUCCAGUGCUCAAAAGAGCUAACAUCCGGAUUGUUGGGAGAUUAGUGGCCACAUACAUGAGAGAAAGGAAAAUGAGACAACAGCAGGCAUUUUGA